GAUGCUGGCGGCGCGGCGGGCACUGUGGCCGGGCUGGCGUGGCUGGAGCUGCGAACGCAGGAAGAUGAAGUUGCUGGCGGCCGCGGCCCUGCUGGGGCUGGGCGGGGGUCUCCUGAUGCUGCUCUUCCCGGGCACUCAUGCAGAGGAGCGCAAGAAGGGUCCCAAGGUCACGGUGAAGGUGUAUUUUGAUGUUAAGAUGGGAGAGGAAGAUCUGGGGCGCAUUGUCAUCGGCCUCUUUGGAAAGACGGUUCCCAAAACGGUGGAGAACUUUGUUGCCUUAGCCACAGGAGAGAAAGGAUUUGGGUUCAAGAGCAGCAAGUUCCACCGUAUUAUCAAGGACUUCAUGAUCCAGGGAGGAGAUUUUACCCGGGGUGAUGGAACAGGAGGGAAGAGCAUUUACGGAGAUCGUUUCCCAGAUGAGAACUUCAAGUUGAAGCACUACGGGCCGGGAUGGGUCAGCAUGGCUAAUGCCGGCAAGGACACCAACGGGUCUCAAUUCUUCAUCACUACUGUCAAGACUUCAUGGCUGGACGGCAAGCACGUUGUCUUUGGCAAAGUCCUGGAAGGGAUGGAUGUUGUCCGGAAGAUGGAAAGCACCAAGACAGACAGUCGCGACAAACCCCUGAAGGAUGUCAUCAUUGCGGACUGCAACGUCAUUGAGGUGGAGAAACCAUUCGCCAUUGCCAAAGAAUAAUCUGGGGUUGCUGGAGGGCCAGGUUCUGGUCUGCAAAAGGGCUGGAGGCCCUACCUUCUUCCCGGGGCCUCAUUCAUCCUCCUCCUCCUCCAGCUGCCGAGCACCCGCUGCUCUCUUUCUCCCCUCCAUGCUGGGUGGUGGGGCCUCCAUUUCGGCAACCACCGCUCAACUUCUUCCAUUUCCAUCAUCGGCCUCGGUGGGCAGCGGGGCCCCUUCCAAGGGGCCAGGAGUGUUGCGUCGUCUCAGUUCUUUUUGUAAAAAGCACAUGGACCAAUAAACAUGACCAUUGUGUUUUUUUUG